AUGACUGAACCAAUUCGUGUUGCUUUUAAGCUUGGUGGUACGAAACGACCUAUUCUUAAUAGUCUUGCAUCAUCAUCUAGUCAAUUUGAUUCAUCCACAACAACAAAUAACGAUCAAGCCGAGCUUGUCACUGGAUUUGAUAAUGGUGAAAUUAAAAGUAACACACUAGUUGUUACUAAAAAAGAACUUAUUAUUCCUGCUCAACCAAAUGAACACCACAAAUUUUUCAAACUUAAAUCAAAUCCUCCUCAAACUGCUGUGUCAAAUCCAAUACCAUCAAAUGAUCCUGUCAAUCAAUUAGAAGAAGAAGCAAAACGUGCACUUAUUCUCGAAGCACAACAAGUAAAUGAAACGUGGGAUCAACGAAAUGAAAAUGGAACGAUUCGUGUACACACUAUUGAACAAGAUUCUACUAAUACAUUCAUGAGUAAUUUCGCUAUUGAUGAAAAUAUACCUGAAGAAAAAGAUAUUGAAAAUGCUGAUUAUGAACAAGUACCUAUUGAAGAAUUUGGAAUGGCUGUUCUACGUGGUAUGGGCUACAAAGAAGAUGCUGGUCUUGGUAUAUCAAAUAAAAAACAAGUUGAUGUAUUUGUACCCUCAAGUCGACCUCGUGGUCUUGGAUUGGGUGCUGAUAGAAAAAUUCUUGAAAAAAUUAAUCAAUUAAAACGCAAUUUAAAAAAAUCUGGCAUCGAUGAAAAAGAUGAUUUAUGUUUCGAAAAAGGAGCCUUUGUUCUUGUUGAAAAAGGUCUUCAUCAAGAUCUUUAUGGUACAAUUGAAUCUAUUGAAGAAGAUGUCGCUCGUCUUUCGGUUGCGUUAGCUGUCGGUGGUACAAAUAGGAAAAAAGAAACAAUAUCUAUAUCACAAUAUAAUGUUAAAUUAGUAACUGAAAAAGAAUUUCUUAAAUAUAGUAAAUAUGUUAAUAAAUCCAAAGCAGAAAAAGUCGAAAAAGAAACAAGUGAUCAAUUAAUGAAAGAUUAUUAUAAACAAGACAAUACUAAUGAUCAUAAACGACAUCGUCGAUCCGAUAAAGAUGAUGAUACUAAACAUCAUCGUUCAUCAGAUAGAGAUGAUGAUUACAAACAUCAUCGUUCGUCCAAGGAUGAUGAUGAUCAUGAUCGAAAACAUCACCGAUCAUCAAAACAUGAUAGUUACGAUAGAAAACACCACCAUUCUUCGAAUGGACAUCGACAUGAAGACUACAACAAAUCUAAAAAACAUUAA